AACUCAACCUAUAUGUUCUUAUUUAUUUGAAUUUUUCCUCUUUUGCCGCAUCUUUGCCUUUUCCUGCACUACAACCAACCUCCAAAUCCUACAGCUAAUCUCAUUGGUCAACGGCGAACAUCUGCCUAACCAAACUCGCUUCCUAUUAGUUCACAGGAACGUCCAUCAUCGCACUUCCGUCCGUUUGGCCGUUUUUGAUUGGCUAGUGCUUCCCGUCUUGUCUCCUCCCUCCUCCUGGGUCGAAGCCGCUGUGUCCCCGGUCUGGCACGUUCUUGGCCAAAUUCUCUACGGUGUAAAAUUGGACCCCCCCUUACUUUUUCCAGUAACCCUUCAGAAAUAUCCUCUUAAGAUCCCUGUGGCCACUGCGAUAUUUCUGUUUGGAAAACACACCGAGCCCUUGGAAGAUGGCGGUGGUGAGCGGAAUGUCGGGGUCGGCGGUAGCCCGGCUCGAGGGCCGGGAGUUCGAGUAUCUAAUGAAGAAAAGGUCGGUGACUAUCGGUCGGAACUCCUCCCAGGGCUCGGUGGACGUCAGCAUGGGGCACUCCAGCUUCAUAUCCCGGAGGCAUCUGGAAAUAUUCACCACCGGAGAGGACGGCGCGGGCGUGGGGGACUUCUAUCUGCGCUGCCUCGGGAAAAACGGGGUGUUCGUGGAUGGGGUGUUCCAAAGAAGAGGGGCUCCACCUCUGCAGUUGCCACGCGUGUGUUGUUUCCGCUUCCCCAGCACCAGCAUAAAGAUCACAUUUACAGCCCUGAACAGUGACAAGAAGGAGCCCAGGAAUGUGCCGGAGUCCCCCGUCAAGCCGGUGCAACCUCAGAUUUCCCCCCUCACCAUUAACAUUCCUGACAACAUCGCCCACCUCAUGAGCCCGCUGCCCUCCCCCACGGGGACCCUCAGUGCUGCUAACUCCUGUCCGUCAAGUCCGCGGGGGGCGGGGCUCUCCAGCUACAGGGCGACCCGGGGGCUCACUUCGGACCUCAUCGUAGACAACUCCCAGACGGAAAACGACAAGGAGGCCUCAGGUGAAGACAGUCCGAAGGACGACUCCAAACCUCCAUAUUCAUACGCACAACUAAUAGUUCAAGCCAUCACCAUGGCAACAGAUAAACAGCUGACCCUGAAUGGAAUUUAUACCCACAUCACCAAGAACUACCCGUACUACAGAACCGCCGAUAAAGGCUGGCAGAACUCGAUCCGACACAACCUGUCCCUGAACCGCUACUUCAUCAAAGUGGCCCGGUCCCAGGAGGAGCCGGGCAAAGGUUCCUUCUGGAGAAUCGACCCGGCCUCCGAGGCCAAGCUGAUAGAACAAGCCUUUAGGAAGCGCCGGCCCCGGGGGGUUCCCUGCUUCCGGACCCCCUUAGGUCCCCUAUCCUCCAGGAGCGCCCCAGCUUCUCCCAACCACACGGGGGCGCUGUCUGCCCACUCCAGUGGGGUUCAGACUCCAGACAGCCUAUCCAGGGAGGGGUCCCCGGUCCCCAUGGAGUCAGAGCCGACCCCCCCACCCCCCACCGCAGUCCAGCCCAAACUUGCAGUGAUUCAAGAAGCCCGCUUUGCACAGAACUCUCCUGGCUCCCCCCUCAGCGGCCAGCCCGUGCUGAUCGCCGUGCAGCGCCCCAUGAAGCCCGUCACCUACGCCAUGGCAACGCCAGCCAUCGUGACGACCACCGUCAGCCCCGCCCCCGUCAUGCAGACCGUGCACGUCGUCCACCAGAUCCCGGCCAUUACCAUGGCAACAGUGGGUGGACAGCCUCUGUCGGCGAGCCCAGAACCACAGGAGAACCGAGGAUUGGAUCACAAAGAGAUGAAAGUUAAGGUGGAGCCCCUCCCCUCUAUAGGCGGAGUCGGACGCAUCAUUCAGAGCACUCAGGCUCCGCCUCUGACGACUGUCACUAUCGUGCAGCAAGCCCCGCUGGGUCAGCACCAGCUGCCUGUGAAGGCCAUCACCCAGAACGGGACACAUCUGGUUCCCAUCAGCACUGCUGCGUGCACAGGAAACCCUCUUCAUCUGCUGGCGGCUCACGCGUCGGCCUCGGCGUCCCUCCCCACCAAGAGGCAGAAUGGAGAACUGCAGGAGCAGCCCGAGUCCAAGAGGGCCAAAGGGGGGGAGGAGGGGGGCAGCGAGGAGGCAGCUUCUACCACCAACAACGGCAGCACAGACACAGCCGGAGAAGACGGCAGCAACUAGCCUUCCAUCCCGACGACCGUCACCCCCCGGAGUCCUGCUUUUCACCCACCAUCUUCUCCAAGGUGCCAAAAAGACUUCAGAAUGUGCAGCCCCCCCCCCCAAACUCUUCCAUUGUAACACCGGGACCCCACAUGCACAGACUCGAUCAUGGAGGGAGCUGACACGUCCCUGGUGACUUGGGGGGGUCAGGAUCAAUGUCCUCACCUCUCUGGAGCAUUACAGACUCGGACCGGACAGGCGCUGCAUCCGUUUCCCGCGUGGACAUUCCCGUUCUUGGCAGCUAGCCUCCACGUCGCCGGAAACGCAGCGUUCUGUGGGAUCUGGGAAACAUCUCAUUCGGGAUCCGGGGAAUCCUUGUUGUUUUGUG